GCAAAAUCUUCCUCAAAUUACUUUUAUUAGUACGAAGUUUAUAAUGUGAAGUGGUUUAAUUUAUUCUGCAGUUAGCCAGAAGGAAAUCUCUCUUUUAAAACGUCGUCGUACUUUUUCGUCUUCUGAAACGUGAAUAACGUUAAACCCUUGCCUAAACCCCUCUGGGUUUGAUGGUUCGUCAAAUCGGAUUCCAAUAAAAAUGUCGUUUUUAAUAUUGGGAAGAAGAUCAACGCAGCUCUCUCGAAUCCCACGCAAACUCCUCUUAUUUUCUUGCACUUUUUCUUCUCAAUCUCCUAAUACUUCCAUUUCCAAUAAUAGAUCAACAAUUUUUCAUUCUUGGUACAGUUCAUCCAAUAUAAGAAAUAAAGGGUUCUCUUCAAUUUUCAAUGGAAGUACAAAAAACCCAUCAGGGUCUUUAUGGGGUGUUCGGUUUUUGAGCUUGGAGGCUGCUGUUGAGCCGACUACUGCUGAUGGGCUUACUGUUGAGGGAAUUAUUGCUAAAAAUUGGAAUAUACUUGAUGAUAGUGAGGAUGAUUGGAAAAGCCAUGCUUCUUCCAUUGCUCAGUCCGUUCAUCUUAUCAAGAAACGCCUCAAGUGGAAAAGGCUAAUGUAUAGGCUUGAAGUGCUGUCAGCUCAGCUCAAUAAGGCAGAUCUUUGGGAUGACCCCGUCCAUGCUGGGAAGAUCAGCCGUGAACAUGGUUCUCUAAUGAACAAAGUGGAGGAUGUUAUGGCCAUUGAACAAGAGUUGGUUGAACAUAUUGACAUGAUUAAGCUUGCCAGGGAAGAGAAUGAUCCAGAGUUGGAAUCGGAAUCAGUGAAAGCUCUACUCGGAAUUAGAAGGAAUGUGAAAGAAAAAGAGCUUGAAGCUUUAUUAUCUGGGGAGCAUGAUAAUUGCUCUUGUUUUAUAGAGGUUCAAGCUGGAGCUGGCGGUACUGAGAGCAUGGACUGGGCUUCAAUGGUCAUGCAGAUGUACAAAUUGUGGGCUCAACGUAAAGGAUAUGGCGUUUCUGUUGUGGAUGAAAUGCCUGGUGAGAUUGCAGGAAUCAAGCGUGCAACAAUCAAAGUUGAUGGCAAAAAUGCUUUUGGAUAUGCCAAAUCAGAGGUAGGAGUGCAUCGUCUGGUACGCAUCUCGCCAUUCGAUAGCGCGAAGAGAAGGCAUACUUCCUUUGUUGCAGUUGCUGUAAUUCCAAUUUUGGGAGAUGGAUCUACCCAUGUUCAAAUCAAUGAAUCUGAUCUUCGAAUUGAGCGUUUUCGAUCAGGGGGAGCUGGUGGUCAGUCUGUUAACACAACUGAGAGUGCUGUCAGGAUAACUCAUAUUCCCACAGGCAUUACUGCAUCUUGUCAGAAUGAAAGGUCACAGCAUUCAAACAAAGCUUCUGCCAUGGCCGUUCUUCAAUCGCGCUUGGACCAACUUGAGAUGGCACGACAGGCUCAGAUGAAUGCACAACAUACCCAGUCUCUCACUGAGAUCAGUUGGGGCAACCAAAUACGUACUUACGUGCUCCAUCCUUAUCGCAUGGUCAAAGAUCUCCGGACAAAUUAUGAGGUUUCAGAUCCUGAUUCUGUGCUUGAAGGGGAUCUUGAUGACUUCAUUUUGAGCUUUCUUUCAACGUCGUUAGACAAGGAUGAAGAAUGACCUCUUAACCUUAAUUUUCGGGUUCCCUUGGCCAGUUGAUAGUGAAAUUGGAUAACAUAACUCCAAUCUCAGCUCUCAGGUCCACUUUGUGGCACCGGGAGACGGCUUUACUGGUGCCUUAUAUUGCAGGAGAAAAAGCUCAAAGAAGUUUUUGUUGGUUACAACUCACAAGACAUCAUUCUUGCUAGUUCAUGGGAAUAACAUUACUGGUGUGCUGAAGUUUCACCAUCUGAAUCACAUCAUUUAUACGAAGUUGAUGAAAUAAUAUCUUUGGAUCAAGCUGCUACUCCCUUGCUAGGGAACUGCUUUAUUUUUAUCCAAGAUCUGUAAU